GAGGACGCCCAGAAGCUGCUGUGUUGUGAUGGACUGCAACAGCUGGGCUGUACGGCAGUGUACCACAUGUACUGCCUGGAUCCACCGUUGACUCGGUUGCCUGCUGGUGACUGGUACUGCCCGGAGUGCGCCCACAAGUUCAGAUAUCAGGACAUCGAGCGAGUUUUGGAUUACAGGUCAUCCCUUCUCCAUCCACCACCACCACCACCAUCCACCCCGACCCCACACUCCACCCCCAUAUCCACCCCAACCCCAAAUCCACACCCCCAACCCCACCCCCACAUCUCCCCAGGUCCCACGCGUCGUGAGUACCACGUGAAGUGGAAGGGUGAGAGCUACCUGCACUGCAGCUGGGAGCCCGAGGAGGGGCUGGCCAAGAUGUACAGGGUGAGGGGGGUUGUGUGUGUGUGUUGGGGGGGGGGAGGGGAGGGGGAAGGGGGGAGGGGGCUUCGUGAAAGUCGGGAGGCGGAGGAGCGGGAGGCGGAGGAGACGGGUGAGUACGUCCAUGGCGUCAAUCCGUUAUGGCUGGAAGUAGACCGGAUCCUCGCGGAGCAGAAGGGCCGGGCGCAAAUGGAGUACCUCGUGAAAUGGAAGGACCUGGGGUACGACCAAUGCACGUGGGAGCUAGAGUCGGAUAUUGCGGGUUACGACGCCGCCAUUCAGCGUUUCCGGGAGACCAAGUGGCGGCGGGGGCUGGCGGGGGAUCUGGAUCUCCCGCCGGUAAAACGGCGGCGGCGGCGGCUGAGGGCAGCGUGGAGGAUGUGCAAGUCCAGGUGGGGCUCCGGAACCCGUAAGUGGCACAGCACCCCCGACUUCCUUCACGGCGGUUCCCUCCAUCCGUACCAACUGGAGGGCCUCAACUGGCUGUACCACAAGUACUGUACGGGAGAUGCCGUAAUCCUGGCGGACGAGAUGGGGCUGGGCAAGACGGUGCAGACCAUCGCCUUCUUAGCGUCCCUCCACGCCGAGUGCUGCGAGCUGCCGCACCUGGUUGUCGUACCUCUAUCCACCAUGAGGAACUGGGAGAGGGAGUUUGAAACCUGGGCACCCAACCUGAAUGUGGUGUCUUUGGCGGGAAAUGUGGAGGCGAGACAGGUAAGGAAAUUGAAGCGGAGAAUGUUCCAUUCCGUGUUUUUCGAUCGAGCUUCCGCCAAAAAGGACCGCGUCAAGUUCCACGUGCUGCUGACCAGCUAUGAGAUGUUGGCGCUGGAGGCGGGGCAGCUGAGCAAGGGACUGCAGUACGGCGUGCUUGUCGUGGACGAGGGCCACCGACUGAAGAAUAAGGACUCAAAGCUGUUCCAGUUGCUGACACAGUUCGAUGUACGACACAAAGUUCUCUUGACGGGCACGCCGCUCCAGAACCACCUUGGCGAGCUCUUUAUGUUGCUCCACUUUUUGGAGCCGGACAAGUUCCCAAGUCGGGCAGCUUUCGAGUCCCGCUUCUCCAGCUUGUCGCAGAACGAGGACGUGACUCAGCUGCAUGCGCUGCUGCAGCCGCACAUGCUUCGCCGGCUGAAGAAUGACGUCAUGAAGCAGCUGCCCCCCAAGAUGGAGCAGCUGGUGCGGGUGGAGCUGAGCCCCCAGCAAAGGGAAAUCUACAGGUCCCUGUUGCUUCAGCACUCCUCCGUGCUUGUGGGUCACCGGGCGGCUGUCGCUGCUGCCGGUGGCGCCACCACCGCCCUGAAGAACCUGAUGAUGGAGCUGCGGAAGGCGUGUAACCACCCGUUCCUGGUGGCCCACCAGGCGGGCAGGGGGGGCGCAGGAAGGGGAGGUAGGGGGAGGCAUCCUACGGAUCUGGAUUCGCUCGUCACUCACAGCGGCAAACUGCAGUUGGUGGAUAAGAUGGCGAUGCGGUUGCGAGAUGCGGGACAUCGACUGAUCAUCUUCUCGCAGUUCACUCGCACGUUGGACCUGCUGGAGGAGUGGUUGGUGGGCCGCGGGCUGGGGUAUAUGAGGAUCGACGGAACAGUGGCAGGCUCUGAGCGUCAGAAGCGCAUCGACCGCUUCAACCAGCAUCCGGAUUCCUACUUUUGUUUCCUGCUCUCCACGCGGGCGGGGGGUCUGGGGAUCAACCUGGCCACCGCCGACACCGUCAUCAUCUUUGACAGCGACUGGAACCCGCAUAACGACCUGCAGGCCCAGGCCCGAGCUCAUCGUUUGGGGCAGGAUAAGCCGGUCAUGAUUUACAGGCUCGUCACCCGACAAACCAUCGAGGAGCGAAUGAUGCAGGUCAGCCGCAAGAAGAUGAUGUUGGAGCACCUGGUGGUUCGCAAGAUGAGCUCAGGCGGCGGGGGCGAGCUGAAGCAGUCCGAGCUGGACGACAUACUGAGAUACGGGGCGCAGGAGUUGUUCGCGGAUGAGGGGGAUGAGGGA